GCUGAGGGGAAAGCGGCGGAAAAGCCGGUUGCCGGCGAGGGGUCUGUCCCCCCACUAACCCCCUCACUGCAGCAUGUUGUGGGUGCUAAAAGCUUGUUAGCGAUCGAGGGAACGUGGAACGUUUAGUAUGCUUUAGUGUAUAGAAACAGCAUCUGACUCGGGAAGCGCGAACCCCGAGUAACAGAGGGAGUACUUAGACACGGUGAACAUCACCUGGCCUGCGCUUCCUGUGUGUGCUUUCCUCGGAAUCAAUGCGCGUUGGCGGCAGAGGGAGGAGCGGGCUGCUGGCCUAGAUGGGAUUUGGGCUUGUCUCGUAGUCAGUGGGAUGUGAUUAGAUAUGCCUGGUCUUUGCUCAUUGUCUGGGGCAGGUAUUUAAAUUUAAAGUCAGAGUGCUUCCUAUCAGAGAAAAUAUGUCAUAGAUACAAACUAUUUGUUAAUAAAUAUUUACUUACUUUAAAUGACAAGCCAUAUACUUUAACUUCUUCCAGUAAACUCUGGUGGAUGUGUUCUUUGCAGAGUACAUCUGAUAAGCUGCAGAAACAGCAAAUGUUAACUUUAACAGUCAAUACUCAAUUUUAGCUAUUAAUUGCAGACUCAUGCAUUUUUUUGGUACAGCUGAGUUUAUGCACAGUUAAGAAUCUUGUGGAAGUUCAAAUAUGAACUUCAUAGAAUAGAAUAUUUUAAUAGUAUUUCUGAAGAAAAGACUCAAUGGGAAGCUGUGUUACCAGCAUCUCUUUUUUUAAGUUAUAGGCUAAGGGUUUUGAUGUACAGACAAAUGUACCCACAUUAGUAUAGUAUGGAUUAGCAUAGUAGAUUAUUAAUAAAGUUAUUUGUAUAUCUCAAAAUGGAAAUGAAUGGAAAUAUAAAUUUAGAUGGUUCUAAGCUGUAAGUGAGUGGGGGAACUUGCUAAAAAGUGAAUCUGAUUAGGAAGCUGAUUGUUUUGGCUCACUUGUGUACAUGAGAAAGGGCUCUAACAACUGCAACUGACUUGUGAUUUCACCACAGUAAAACCUGAGGAAGAUUUGGAGGGGGGAAAUAUGAGGGGGAGAAGAGGGCAUGCUACUUAUUUGACAAGAUGCAUCUCAAGGAAAAUAUUCCCUGUGAAAUCAGUCAUUCUGUUGAUUCAGUUGCCACAGGUCAAUAAAACCAUGGUGAUAAUUCAGACUGCUCUGCCCAGAGCCCAUUUUCCUCUCCCUUUUUGGCUUAGCCAGAUGAUCCUGUCAUCCCUCCAGGCCUCAUGCUAUCAGAUCUCUGUUGGCUUUUGUUGUACAGUAAUGUUCUCCCAUUGCCCUCUGUGUUCUCUAGGACUGACUGAUUUCCUUCCUUUCUUUUCUGACUCUCUUCAGUCUUUCUUACCUGGUGAAAUCUCUCCAGUUUCUGCUGUACUGUCAUGAGAGAAUGUAGAGUUCCAGCACCUAGCCCAACAGUGAUCUGCUCAAACUCUUGGUCUUACCCCAGGCUCCUGGCCCUGCACUUAAGACACUCAGCAUUUCUCAUCUUCUGUCAUCCAGAUGUCUGAUUUCCCACUUCAAAACAAAACCACUUCUAACAGUUUAGUUCUCAGGCGUUUCAUUACUUCUGCAGGAAAAAAACCCCACGCACUGUCCUGUGUAGCUUGCUUCCUUCCCAGCAGAGCUUUUUCUCUCCUGUCCCUUUCCAGGCUCCUCUCAGAGCCAUAGCUGCCUUUUCUCUGUGGUGUUGAGAUCAAAGAGGGUGGCUGUUGAGUAACAGUAGCUGCUGGUUCUUCCUGGCUGCUUUCCUCCUUUUGAAUUGGCACCACACUAAUGUGUGGAUCAGCAGGAUCUACUGCACUCGUAGGUAUUGUAGUGCAGAUCUUCCUGUGACAGGGCCCCACAAGUCACAAACAAAAAUUUCUAGCCCAGCGCUCUGAGGGAGUUGCUAUUCCAUCAAGUGCAGAAUGUUCUGCCCUAGGGUAGAUGCUGUGCCAUGGUGAUCUAAAUGUAGAUUUCUUGUUAUACAGUAACAUUUUUUCCCCCCUCCCCCCCCGUACAGGUAUCCUCUGACAAAUUAUACAUUUGGUACGAAGGAGCCCCUGUAUGAGAAGGACAGUUCUGUGGCAGCUCGGUUUCAGCGCAUGAGGGAAGAGUUUGACAAGAUUGGCAUGAGGCGGACAGUGGAAGGUGUUCUGAUUGUGCAUGAGCACAGGCUGCCCCAUGUGCUGUUACUGCAACUGGGUACAACUUUUUUCAAGCUACCUGGUGGUGAACUCAAUCCAGGAGAAGAUGAGGUAGAAGGGCUCAAACGCUUAAUGACAGAGAUACUGGGUCGUCAGGAUGGUGUUCAGCAAGACUGGGUGAUUGAUGACUGCAUCGGUAACUGGUGGAGACCGAACUUUGAACCUCCACAGUAUCCCUAUAUCCCAGCUCAUAUUACAAAACCAAAAGAGCACAAAAAGCUUUUCUUGGUCCAGCUUCAAGAAAAGGCUUUGUUUGCAGUCCCAAAAAAUUACAAGCUGGUUGCUGCACCAUUGUUUGAGCUCUAUGACAAUGCACCAGGAUAUGGACCCAUUAUUUCCAGCCUUCCUCAACUUCUGAGCAGGUUCAACUUUAUUUACAACUGAAUUCCUGUAUACCUGAAGAGUCUGAUAGAAGAAGCCGUCUCUGUGAGCACAGCUUUAAGAUGUAGAGAAAAGAAUAUGUGUGACGCAAGGAUUUUUUUUAUGUCAUUCUUUUCCUGAAGGCCACUAAACUUUCUAUUGUAUGAAUAGAGGAGUGAAUCUCAGCUGUUAGGUAGUGAGAUGGCAAUGUGAUAUCAGUGUUUUAAUCACUUUUCAUUGUAAUACUCACCAAAUUUUUUUUGUACAACAUUAAACAAAAUGGUUAAGAU